AUGCGGACUAUUUCAAAGUUCUACACAAGGUACACUUGUGAUAUGGGUGACGUCCCAGAUGAUCAUUGCAAUCUGGAUCCCAAUAUGAUUGUUGUUGUGUUAGUUGGCGACAUUGUAAAAAGCCCAAGGUACCCUAUUAAAGAUUGUAUUACAGUUGUUCUGAAAUAUCGCAAAACCGUUAGUAGGCGGAAGGCGUAUCUUGGGCGUGCACAUGAGAUAGUCUACAGCAAUUGGGAGGGCUCUUUCAGGACGUUACCGAGAUACAUGAUGGCUCUACAACACUUUAAUCCUGGUAUCGUUGUUGAAUGGAAGCUCAAAUCAAAGCCUGGUGUGCCCGGUAAUAUUUUUGAGGGAGAAGUUGAUGGCUUUGGGGGCGUAGGAGAGCAGGGGAGAUGCAAGCAGUAUGGGGAUAGGACGUCCAGUUGCAUUAGAGAAGCAGCUAGAGAGGUUCUAGGAGUCUCAAGAGGUCGCCGUGGUGGGCACCGAGGGGAUUGGUGGUGGAAUGGGGAAGUCCAAGGUAAAGUGGAAGCAAAGAAGCAGGCAUAUGCAAAGCUGGUAGACAGCAAGGAUGACGAAGAGAAGCGGACGAAUAGGGAAAAGUAUAAGAUGGCGAGAAAGGAGGCGAAGUUCGCAGUGUCGGCAGCGAAAACGGCUGCGUUUGAACGCCUUUAUGCAGAACUAGAGGACAGAGGCGGGGAUAAGAAGUUAUUCAGGCUUGCCAAGGCCAGAGAGAGGAAGGCAAGCGACCUGGAUCAAGUGAAGUGCAUUAAGGACGAGGAUGGCAAAGUGUUAGUGGAGGAAGCUCUCAUUAGACGGAGAUGGCAGUCGUACUUCCAUAAACUCUUGAACGAUGAAGGGGACAGAGACUUUGUGUUGGGAUAUUUGGAGUACUCUGAGAGGCAUCGCGAUUGUGGUUAUUGUAGGAGUAUAAGGGUCGACGAGGUUAAGGGUGCUGUCCGUAGGAUGUGCAGGGGAAGAGCGACCGGACCUGACGAGAUUCCUGUGGAAUUUUGGAAGAGUGCAGGAAGGGCAGGCUUGGAGUGGCUGACUGGGUUGUUUAAUGUCAUUUUCAAGACGGCGAAGAUGCCCAAAGAAUGGAGGUGGAGUACAAUGAUCCCUUUGUACAAGAACAAGGGUGACAUUCAAAGCUGUAACAACUAUAGAGGUAUCAAGCUGCUAAGCCACACUAUGAAAGUGUAG